GCUAUGAGAACCCGGAAGUGACAGGGCUUCAGGUGAGGGUUACAGAGUUUCUAGACCCAGGCGCAUUGAGCUUCCCUGCCUUUGUAGUCCUGCACAGGGACCGAAUAGAGGAGCCACCCUAAGCGUCCUGUUAGGACACCAGCGCUAAGGGAGGUGCUUACAAAGAGGGAAGGAGUCACUAAAACAGAAAUCUCCUGGUUUUAGCACGGAGUGGUAGGGCCCAGCUGUCAUUUUAACACUUGGGCGGCUGAGUUCAAGUCUAGUUCGAGCUAGUAGUUAACUAUCAGUACAGAGCCAAGCUUGAUGAUAAGAUCCAGUCUUAUUUUGAAAAUGAAUAAAUAAAUUUCUUGAAUUCAGACUCAGUAGUUAAUUGCCUGAAAAGCCACUCUACAGAUCCUGCCAAAAGAGGUCCGGAUCAGCUUCGUGUGCAACAGCGCCUGCUCUAGUGAGACCUUGCAUUUUCCUCAUUAGACCAAAACCACGGAUGGAAAGGAACGCCCCUGGUGGUACAGGUCCGGUCUACGUGCCACUGGGGCAUAUUGUGGCUAAUGAAAAAUGGCGCGGGUCCCAACUGGCUCAGGAGAUGCAAGGAAAAGUAAGACUCAUUUUUGAGGAGGGUCUGGCAUCAGCAGAUUUUUAUCUGUCUAGCAAAUCUUGCAUUCUCUAUAUCACUGAAGCAGAUUUGGUAGCCGGACAUGGCUACAGAAAGAGACUUGCUCGAUUUAGAAAUUCUGCACAUCUUCAAGGGAUUAUAAUUGUUGAAAAAACCCAUUUAAGUGAACAGUACUUCCCGGCAGUCCAGAAGUUUACCGUGCUAGACCUUGGGAUGGUGCUGCUUCCAGUGGCCAGCCAGUCAGAAGCAUCCUGCCUCAUUACCCAGUUGGUUCUAGAACAAACCAGAGAGCCCAGCAAGAACCCUUUCCUCAGGAAGAAGCACUCCAUGCUCUCUGAGUUCUCUCUUGUUCAAACUGUGCAGCAGAUCCCAGGGGUUGGGAAGGUCAAGGCCCCCCUUCUGCUCCAGAAGUUUCCAAGCAUCCAGCAACUGAGUAACGCGUCCAUCCAAGAACUGGAGGAGGUCGUGGGACGCGCAGUCGCACAGCAAAUCCACACCUUCUUCACCCAGCCUAAGCGACAGCAGCCCGGCACCUGACUUUGCCUUCAGACUCCAAACUACAGCGUCUGGUUUUCAUAUUUAAAAAGGAAGAAAGAAAGUUCUCUCAGUGGCAACAGGCUAAAGACAAGGAGAGGACCUAUGACGCUCACAGGUCACCCGACCUCGUUGUCUGUCCAGGCAGCAACCUGGUGGGCCUUGGGGGUCUCGGGUGGCCCUGGCCACUUUCUGCUAAGAUGAAGAGGAUCCCACAGGCGUCCUCCAGAGACUCAUUUUCAGCAGCCGCCAGCUGGAGCAGAUUUGUACAAGGUACUUUGCCCUGCCUCUGUCCCUGAGAGGUCCUGUGAGGGUCCAGGUGGCGGAUGUCAGGGCUUAGAGCUACGUAGGGAGUGCCCCUGUUCCCAAUUGUCAGGGCUACGGCUCAGGUCUUCUCCGCACACAUCGGGCACCUGUGCUAUGGAGUUUCUGCCAGGGCCAACAAACGCCUUUCCCUCCCUCAUAACCCCUUCCUCCCUUCUCAACACAAUAAAAUGAUUUUGUGCUAUGGAUGAUAUGGAAGAAAUAAUUCAGAUGAAAUAAAAGCAAAAAACUCAAACAAUGAA